UGUGAGUGGCUGAAGUCCUCCCCCCCCAGGCUGUUAGUGUACUUGAGCCGCUGCUCCCCUGCAGACUUGACAACCACUGCAGCACCAGCACCAUGGGGCGACACAGCCAACCUGUCCUUCUCUGCCUUCUCCUGGCUCAGACAGGUUUUUUGGUUUUGAGUACCAGGAAGGUCACCAUCAGUCCGAAAAAGCUUUUCGCCAAAGUGGGCAGUGAGCAGACCCUGCUCUGUGAAACGAGCUGUCUCGGAGUCAGACCCAGGUUCAUCGUGCUGGACAACAUUGACGCCAGACAGACAACCGAUAAGAACAAGACAAGGCUUCACUUUGUAGACAUCACUCCCCAACAUGAAGGAAAGUACAUCUGUGAAGCUAAGUGCUCUCCCUCGAGCAAAGAUGCUGCCAAGCUCAUAGUGUACAAUCUCCCGAUGCCUGUACUGCAGACCCAGCCAGAGAGCCCGGUGUCUGGUCAGCCCUUCCAGGUUAGCUGCACGCUGCUGGGGGUCUACAUCUCCUCCGGAAACUUCCAGAUGAAGAUAUUUCAUGACAAGAUGGAGCUGAGAACAACCAUCUCUGAGUCUGAUGACCCCACAAGUUUCCAAAACUACACAUCCUCCUCUGCAGACCAGGUGGGGAAGAGAGAGAUGGAGUAUCGAUGUGAUGCUUCCAUAACUCUGGAUUCCCAGAUCUUCACUAACAGCAUCAGUAGGACCGUGCAUCUCAAAGCACCCGCGACAACCACCAUCCCCGCGACAACCACCAUCCCCGCGACAACCACCACCCCUGCGACAACCACCAGCCCCGCGACAACCACCACCCCCGCGACAACCACCAGCCCCGCGACAACCACCAUCACCGCGACAACCACCAACCCCGCGACAACCAUCAUCCCCGCGACAACCACCAUCCCCGCGACAGAGAGAUCAUCAGAGAGGGACUCAGUACACACGACUUUGUGGGAUGAGCCACACCAGCUGAUCCACAGAGCUGUUGGCAGCCCACCUCUGGAGAAGGCCACUCCUCACCCCAACGACAUCCCAGAGCUGCCCCUGCAGCCAAAGCCCAUCUUAUCUAACAACAUAAACCCUUCUUGGUUCUUCUCAAUGGAGACUCAGAGGGCUGAAGCUGCAGAUAAGGAAGGGGAGCAGAGGUCUGCUGAAGAGACCCACAUCACCAUGUACACAAGUUCCACACUGGGCGCCGUGGCAACGCUCUCCUUCGUGGGCUGCCUGCUCCACCUGCUUCGCCGGAGGAAACGCCAGUCCGUAGCAGAGCCGUAGACCCGCCCUGACUAACACCAUAUCGUCAGCCUCGGAGCAAAUGUUGAAUUCAGUCAUAAAAUGAAAAAUACUUGGCUUUCCACAAGACCAUUUCAACUUAUGUAUGUGAAAUUAAAGUAAAACUAAUAGUUGAACGAUAUAUGCUC